AAAGAAAAGCCUGAUUUAAGGUCUACAGAAGAGAUUUCUGAGAUUGAUUUAUUUGGUUAAGAAAUACUUUUCUUGAACCUGUUUUUAAAAAUGAUAACACUCAGUUAUAACCACAGUAUGCAUAUUGAAAUGAGACCUCUUAACAGAUGAAAAUCUGACAGGUGCAACUAGUAAGGUAUAAAGUAGCAGGAGUUGAACCAAACUGUCAAUUAAACAUCUUGCACGGAGACUUCUUAAUUCUUUGACUUGACAGAAAGGUUGGGAACAACAUGAAAGCCAUUUAUACUUUAACAAUGAGAGGAUUAUUACUACUUAAUGUUAUUUCGGGGACAAACUGCCUACUACAAAAUGCAUCCUAUAGGACGUGAACGUGAUCUUGGCCACACCUUGUCAUUACUGGUUUGCAGAAUUAUUUCCCUAUCCUUUUCUGAAAACUAUUCAACAUAGAAUUGAACGAUAGCAACUCUGGCAAGAAUCCUCCUAUAUACACAAUGAAAAAAUAGUUCUGAGCUCUGCAAGUGAUAACACAAGUGUCACACUUCUUUUCACAGCCACUGAAAGGCAGGGGUUGGUCUGGCUAAGGUCACAGGAUUUUAUAAUGGCUUUAGUAUUUAGAGCUGUGGCACAAUUAGCGGGAAUUUCACUAUCUUUGCUGGGAUGGGUUUUAUCCUGUCUUACAAACUACCUGCCAUGGAAAAAUCUCAACCUGGACUUAAAUGAAAUGGAAAACUUGACCAUGGGACUCUGGCAGACCUGCGUCACCCAAGAGGAAGUGGGGAUGCAUUCUAUCCUGGCUUUGCCCGCUGAGCUCAGGAUCUCCAGGAUUUUAAUGUUCCUCUCAAACGGCCUGGGAUUCCUGGGCCUGCUGGUCUCGGGGUUUGGCCUGGACUGCUUGAGAAUUGGAGAGAGACAGCAGGAUGUCAAGAAGCAGCUGUUAAUCCUGGGAGGAAUUCUGUUCUGGACAGCAGGCGUCACAGCCCUUGUUCCUGUCUCUUGGGUCGCCCACAGGACAGUCCAGGAGUUCUGGGAUGAGACCAUCCCUGAGACUGUGCCCAGGUGGGAGUUUGGGGAGGCCCUCUUUAUUGGCUGGUUUGCUGGAUUUUCUCUCCUGCUCGGAGGGUGUCUGCUAAACUGGGCCGCCUGGGCCCUGGCUUCCGGCCACUAUGCAGUGGCAGAAACGCCGCCACACCGUCUACACCUGGAGAUGAAAACCACUCACCUGAAACUAAGCCAGAAGGGAUCAGCGGUGCCCUCAGAUGAUUUGGUAGGAUUUCCUGUUACACAGUAACCCAUUCACCAUGCUUUCGAUUUUCUAAAAUGCAUUUUCCCUUCGCUUCUGAAACUGGCAUUUCUUUCUAAGAUGGUAAACCACUUUUAUCUUCUACUCUGAGACCAAAACCAAUCAAGACUUAACAGUAAUCAUACUCAUUACUGGGGAUGAGUUUUCUCAAUUUUAAAAUAGAUUCAGUGAUUGCACAGAACCGGUGAAUAAAACAUUGUGUUAGUACCUACACAUCUUCUGAAGGUGUUAUUUAAUAAAGAUGAAUCAUUUGGCAAUUGGAAAUGGUACUGCUGAUCACUGACUUCUUUCAAGGGUCUAAGAUCACCUAUUACACUGAAACUAAAGUCUGGCUGUUAUUUUUUUUAAAAGGUAUGACAUCUGAUUAUAUUAAAAAAAAUCGCUGGCUCUCUGAAAGCUUGAGAGGUGCACACUGGGGACACAUCAUCUCUUUUUAAAUUGGAGACCUCAGGGCCUCUAUGGAGACGCUUCCAUUCAUUCACGUCUUCUCUACUGUGUCAGAAGCAGAGGAGGGCAGUCUUGUGUUUUAAAGAUUCAUGUAAAAUCUACCGCACCAACGUCCUUUUGCUUGUGUCCUGUGCUCUGCGGUAGAUGCUGCAGCCACAAGGCGACUGUGGGUUGGGACUGGGGGGCGUGGGCAGAUGCCCCCACCCCCUUUAACAAAAAAAUCAGCAAUAUAUAUGGGCCAACCAAGAACUAUUCACAGCAAGCUGCUGGCUUGGGGAGUUUUUUAAUUUAUUUAUUUUAUUAUUUUAUUUUGUUGGUUUUUGGCUGCAUUGGGUCUUCGU